AUGUCUCAAUCUACCACCCCUCACCCCACUUACGACAAAGCUCAUUACUCUUGGGCACCCCCAUCUACUCAGAGCUCACAAUCAAUCAUCAAAUCCUCGGACUCCGCCGCAGAGGGUGAGAACGCUAGUGAUCCCACCCAUCAAGGGAAGCCUCAAGCGGCACCGGUGAUUCCUCGUCGCUCUUCGUACAAUUACGAACAGGACAGUGCUCAAUUUUCCAACCUCGGAAAUCAUCCCCUCGCUGGAAGUCCAGCGUCGGGCAGCGGCCAGGCAGGAGUGAAGGUAUCAGAUAGCGAUGUUGAGGGGCUACAAAGGAAGUUGUUUCAUCAAAGGCAGAAGAGUUAUACCCAGGAGGAUCAGAAGCGCAUGCAACAUGAAUUCAUGUUGAGGAACGGCGGUAACCCGCAAAGCUUUUCGGAAACUUAA